UGUUGGGGAAAAAAAAAUUAAAUAAAUAAAUAAAAAUUGAAGAACAAAAUAGCGUCAAAGGGGGAGUAUGUAACAACGUCGAGCUGCUGAUCUGCUUGCCGUUUUCUUCUAUUCAAACUCAGUUCAGUUUGAUUCUUCAACUCCAAAUCCCCAUAAAGUAGUAGCAGUACUAGAGCUCAAAUCCAUUUUUCCACCUUCAAAGUCCUCCAGGUGUUCCAUGCGUGACAAAGUGCUAGCACUAAAUCUAACCAGAAUAUCAUGAAUUUCAUAGUUGGAGCUUUUAAGCCGCCAUGUAUCGUUUCAAUCUCAUUUGCCGAUGGAAGAACUCGCAAGCAGGUUCCUUUGAAAAAAGAAAAUGGUCACACUGUUAUGGUUCCUCUGUUCCAGAGCCAAGAAAACAUUGUGGGCGAGGUUCUUAUAGAACCAAUACACGGUAAAAAACUCGAACAUACUGGUGUCAAAAUCGAGCUUCUCGGUCAAAUAGAAUUGUAUUUUGACAGGGGCAACUUUUACGAUUUUACAUCUCUAGUGCGUGAACUUGAUGUUCCUGGUGAACUGUACGAGAAAAAGACAUAUCCCUUUGAGUUUUCUACUGUUGAAAUGCCAUAUGAGUCAUACAAUGGAGUUAAUGUAAGACUUAGGUACAUAUUGAAAGUGACAAUCAGCCGAAAUUAUGUCAGCAACAUUGUGGAGCACCAGGAUUUUGUGGUGCAGAACUACACUCCGUUGCCAUCAAUUAAUAACAGCAUUAAGAUGGAAGUUGGAAUUGAGGAUUGCUUGCACAUUGAAUUUGAGUACAAUAAAAGCAAGUAUCAUCUGAAGGAUGUUAUCCUUGGAAAAAUAUAUUUUCUUCUGGUUAGAAUCAAGAUUAAGAAUAUGGAGCUUGAGAUCAGGCGACGAGAGUCGACUGGAUCAGGGCCUAAUACAUAUGUUGAAACGGAGACACUAGCAAAAUUUGAGUUGAUGGAUGGUGGUCCUGUGAGAGGAGAAUCAAUUCCAGUUAGACUAUUUCUUAGUCCAUAUGAACUUACACCGACAUAUCGCAAUAUCAACAACAAGUUUAGUGUGAAGUAUUAUUUAAAUCUGGUUUUGGUGGAUGAAGAGGAUCGGCGGUAUUUCAAGCAGCAAGAAAUCACAGUGUACCGACUUGAAACUUGACCAUUUCUAUAGCUUGGAUGGAUCCAAACACAAUAAGGAGAAAAAAGCGUGUAUAGGCUGCGGCAUUGGAAUGACUAUUUGUUUGGUUUUUAAAAGCAUAAAGACAUGGUUGGUUAUUUAUUUGGGUCCUCGAAUGGUAUUGGUGUAAUCUGUAAUUGUCUUUCUUACAUGGAAGUUGUCUCUGGCUUUGUAGCAAAGCUUUUAUGUUCUUCAUACUUUACUAGUUUUGACCUUUUUAAGCAAUGUCUUGAACUGAUAGAAUAAACAGAGUAUAUGAUUCGAAGUA